AUGCGCGCAUUACACUAUGCUGCUGUCGCUGAGGGAAAACCACAGGAGGCCAUACAAAGCGCCAAUGACUUGUUUGCCGCUACAGAAGCCCAGAUUAAGAACAUAGUCAGCAAUCUGGACGCUGCCAUCAAAUAUGUGAUUGACGGAGAGAAUCAACACCCGAACAGGCUGGAUAUCGUGAAUGGGAAGUCAGCGGCUGUUGCGUCGGCCCUAACCCAGCAAAGUCCGUUUUCUCAGCCGCCUCAGGGACCCGUUCAACCUUCGCCAUUUGGUGCGCCCAGCGCAUCUCAGCCAUCUGCAGGCUUAGGGAGCGCAUUCGGGAAGCCGGCAAUGUUAGGACAACAACAACCACAGCGACCCGCCUUCGGAACACCGUCUUUUGGACAGCCUUCAGGCAUCGGCCAAACACCUGCACUAGGUAGCUCUCCGUUCGGUCAAGCUGUUACCCAGACUCAACCACAGCAGAACCCAUUUGGCCAGCAGGCAGCGUCUCCAUUUGCGCAGGCUGCCCAGACUACCAAUCCAUUCGGUCAACCACAAUCACAAGCUGCUGCUCCAGUACAGAGCUCACCGUUUGCCCAGCUACAAACUGCGGCACAAUCACAGCCGGCCUUCGGGGGGAACCCCUUUGGUUCUGGCGCCCCGCUAGCUCAGCAACAAGCAGCCCCGACGCCGUUCGGACAACCAUCUCUUAAAGCUCCAUCAAGCUCCAUUCAACCCCAAGUCAAUCCUCUCGCAUCUAGUGGUAGCAUGCCCCAGGUGAAGAAAGCUAACCCUAACCUGAACCCAUUCCCCAAGGUGGCUGGACAGACUGUGCAUGACCCAAUGACGAAAAAGCUCACCAUGUGGAAAGGCUUACCGGUUCAAUAUAUCGAGAACGAGCCCUGCUACCAACACCCUGACGACCCACAAUCUUAUGUUCAUAUAUUUUUCCCUGAUGGGCCGCCAAAGCCUGAUACUUUCAAAUACUCAGUAGCGGCACCAGAAGAGUAUACCCCGGCAGUAGAGGAAGCGUACAGGUACGCCCAUGAACAUGGAGCAUUCAAGGACGGGCUAUUGCCGUCUGCACCGCCUAAAUCUGAGUGGUCGAGAUACGAUAUCUGA